CCCCGCCGCGGGACUAUCUGGUCCCGGCAGCAGCGAUGUCCCCCGGCAGGAAUGUCCCUCCUCAGAUAAUGUUAUUUAUAUCUCUGGGCGGGUCUGUGGCUCGGCAGCACCAGGCGCCCGGCGGCCGCUGUGCCAGGAGCCCCGCGCUGCCCUCCUCCCUCUGCGCCCCAGUUGCCCCGCUAUUGCUCCGGGCUCUAGGUGGCUGCAGUUUCAGCCCAAGUGCAGGGACCCUUUCAUGAGGACUGAGGCAGGAGCAGCUGCUGAGAGUCUCCCGACAUGACAUCCGCCACUGAGUUUGACAACCUGGGCAUCCAGCAGUACAGCAGGAUCAACGCCCGCUGGGACUCCCCAGACAAUGAGUUGGACAACGACAAUAGCUCCGCCAGGCUCUUUGAAAGGUCUCGGAUCAAGGCCCUAGCAGACGAGCGGGAAGUUGUGCAGAAGAAGACUUUCACGAAAUGGGUGAAUUCACACCUGGCACGUGUGUCCUGCCGGAUUGCUGACCUCUACAAGGAUCUUCGGGAUGGAAGGAUGCUCAUCAAACUUCUGGAAGUCCUCUCAGGAGAGAUGCUGCCAAAGCCUACAAAAGGGAAGAUGCGGAUUCACUGCCUGGAGAAUGUUGACAAAGCCUUGCAGUUUCUCAAGGAGCAGCGAGUCCAUCUGGAAAACAUGGGUUCUCACGACAUUGUGGACGGCAACCAUCGCCUGGUCCUGGGCCUCAUCUGGACCAUAAUUCUUCGCUUCCAGAUCCAAGACAUAGUUGUUCAAACUCAAGAAGGUCAGGAGACUCGCUCUGCUAAGGAUGCACUCCUGCUUUGGUGUCAAAUGAAGACGUCAGGUUACCCCCACGUCAAUGUCACCAAUUUUACCUCCAGCUGGAAGGAUGGUCUGGCUUUCAAUGCCUUGAUUCACAAGCAUCGGCCAGAUCUGAUUGACUUUGAGAAGCUGAAGGACUCCAAUGCCCGGCACAACCUGGAACAUGCAUUUGAUGUGGCAGAAAGGCAACUGGGCAUCAUCCCACUCCUUGACCCAGAAGAUGUCUUCACAGAGAAUCCUGAUGAGAAAUCCAUCAUUACCUAUGUGGUGGCAUUUUACCAUUAUUUCUCCAAGAUGAAGGUGCUGGCUGUGGAGGGCAAGCGUGUUGGCAAGGUGAUUGACCAUGCCAUUGAGACUGAGAAGAUGAUUGAAAAAUACAGUGGGCUGGCCUCUGAUCUGCUUACCUGGAUUGAGCAGACUAUUACUGUCCUCAACAGCCGCAAAUUUGCUAAUUCCCUGAGUGGGUUACAGCAGCAGUUGCAAUCUUUCAGCACCUACCGUACUGUGGAGAAGCCACCCAAAUUUCAAGAGAAGGGGAAUCUGGAAGUCCUACUUUUCACUAUCCAGUCCAGGAUGAGGGCCAACAAUCAGAAAGUGUACACACCACAUGAAGGGAAACUUGUGUCUGACAUCAACCGGGCCUGGGAAAGCCUGGAGGAAGCUGAAUAUAGACGGGAGCUGGCCCUGAGGAAUGAACUCAUUCGGCAAGAGAAAUUAGAGCAGCUGGCCCGGCGCUUUGAUCGCAAGGCUGCAAUGAGGGAGACGUGGCUCAGUGAGAACCAGCGUCUAGUCGCCCAGGAUAACUUUGGUUAUGACCUAGCAGCUGUGGAAGCAGCAAAGAAGAAGCAUGAAGCCAUCGAGACAGAUACCGCUGCUUAUGAGGAGAGGGUGAAAGCCCUGGAAGAUCUGGCCCAGGAGCUGGAGCAGGAGAACUAUCAUGACUUGAAGCGCAUCAAGGCCAGAAAGGACAACAUCCUGCGUAUGUGGUCCUAUUUGCUGGAUCUGCUGCAAUCUCGGCGCCAGAGGCUAGAGAUGACCCUGACACUGCAGAAGCUCUUCCAAGAUAUGCUUCACAGCAUCGACUGGAUAGAUGAGAUCAAGGUUCACCUCCUGUCCUCUGAAUUUGGGAAGCACUUGUUGGAGGUAGAGGACCUUCUUCAGAAGCACAAGCUGAUGGAGGCUGAUAUUGCCAUCCAUGGGGAUAAAGUGAAAGCAAUCACAUCAGCUGCUCUACAGUUCACAGAUGGGAAAGGUUACCAGCCUUGUGACCCCCAGGUCAUCCAGGAUCGGGUCAGCCACUUGGAGCUGUGCUUUGGGGAGUUAAGCGCAAUGGCAGCAGGGAGGAAGGCCCGGCUGGAGCAGUCCAAGCGACUGUGGAAGUUUUUUUGGGAGAUGGAUGAGGCAGAAAGCUGGAUCAAGGAGAAGGAGCAGAUCUACUCCUCACUGGACUAUGGAAAGGACUUGACCAGCGUGUUAAUCUUGCAGCGUAAGCACAAGGCCUUUGAGGAUGAGCUAAGGGGCUUAGAUGCCCACCUGGAGCAGAUGAUGAAGGAAGCAGAGGAGAUGGUGGCCCAAAAGCACUUUGGGCACCCACAGAUUGAGGCCCGCAUCCGAGAGGUGUCUGCCCUGUGGGACCAGCUGAAGGAGCUGGCUGCUUUCCGCAAGAAAAACCUCCAGGAUGCUGAGAAUUUCUUCCAGUUUCAGGGAGAUGCUGAUGACCUGAAGGCCUGGCUGCAAGAUGCCCACCGCUUGCUCUCAGGAGAGGAUGUUGGGCAAGAUGAAGGGGCUACUCGAGCCCUGGGAAAGAAACAUAAGGACUUUCUGGAGGAACUGGAGGAGAGCCGUGGGGUGAUGGAGCACCUAGAACAGCAAGCCCAGAACUUCCCACAAGAAUUCCGGGAUUCUCCUGAUGUGAACAACCGGCUACAGGCUCUCCGGGAACUUUACCAGCAGGUGGUAGCCCAGGCUGACCUGCGUCGACAAAGAUUACAGGACGCCCUGGAUUUAUACACAGUGUUUGGUGAGACGGAUGCCUGUGAACUGUGGAUGGGGGAAAAGGAGAAGUGGCUGGCUCAGAUGGAGAUCCCAGAUACCCUGGAGGACCUAGAAGUGGUACAGCACAGGUUUGACAUUCUGGACCAGGAGAUGAAGACACUGAUGACUCAGAUUGAUGGGGUGAAUCUAGCUGCAAACAGCUUGGUGGAAAGUGGCCAUCCACGUAGUGCAGAAGUGAAGACAUGUCAGGAUCAUCUGAACCACAGAUGGGAGGCAUUCCAGACCAUGGUGUCUGAACGCCGAAAGGCAGUAGACUCUGCACUCAGUGUACACAAUUAUUGCGUGGACUGUGAGGAGACAGGCAAGUGGAUUCUGGACAAGACAGAAGUAGUAAAGUCAACACAGAAUCUCGGCCGGGACCUAGCAGGAGUGAUCGCCAUCCAGAGGAAACUGUAUGGAUUGGAGCGGGACGUGGCCGCUAUCCAAUCCCGGAUGGGUGCCCUAGAGCGGGAGUCCCAGCGACUGAUCCAGGAGCAUCCUGAUUUGAAGGAGGACAUUGGGAAUCGGCAGGCUUACGUUGAGGAGUUGUGGCAGAAGUUGCAGAGAGACCUGCAGGACCAGGCAGCAUCCCUAGGGGAGGCCAGUCAGCUGCAAAAGUUCCUGCAAGACCUUGAUGACUUCCAGGCAUGGCUGUUCAUGGCACAGAAGGCGGUGGCGUCAGAAGAUGCGCCUGACUCCCUGCCUGAGGCUGAGCAGCUCCUCCAGCAGCAUGCGGCCAUCAAAGAUGAGAUCGAUGGACACAAAAAUGACUACCAGAAUGUCAAGGAUUCUGGGGAGAACGUGAUCCGGGGCCAGACUGACCCAGAGUACCAGCUCCUGGGCCAGCGGCUCGAAGGUGUGGACACAGGCUGGGAUGCCCUGUGCAAGAUGUGGGAGAACCGGGGCCAGUUCCUUACCCAGUGCCUUGGUUUUCAGGAGUUUCAAAAGGAUGCCAAACAGGCAGAAGCAAUCCUGAGUAAUCAGGAAUAUACUCUUGCUCACCUGGAGCCUCCAGACUCAUUAGAAGCUGCAGAAGCUGGGAUCCGUAAAUUUGAGGAUUUCUUGGUGUCCAUGGAGAAUAACCAGGAUAAGAUCUUGAACACUGUGGCCUCCGGGAACAAGCUUGUCAAUGAGGGAAACAUCUAUUCCGACAAAAUCAAGGAAAAAGUACUGCUGAUUGAGGACAGGAACAAGAAAAAUAAUGAGAAAUCCCAGGAAGCAGCAAUUCUACUGAGAGACAACUUGGACCUUCAGAACUUCCUACAAAACUGUCAGGAGCUCACACUCUGGAUCAAUGACAAGCUGCUAUCAUCUCAAGAUAUUUCCUAUGAAGAAGCCCGAAACUUGCACAACAAAUGGCAGAAACAUCAAGCAUUUAUGGCAGAACUGGCUUCCAACCAAGAGUGGCUAGAGAAAGUUGAUAAGGAGGGAAGGCAGCUUAUGGAGGAGAAGCCACAGUUUACAGAUGUGGUGAACCAACGACUGAGACAGCUGCACCGACUCUGGGACGAGCUGCAGUCCACCACGCAGGAGAAGGCCCAGCACCUCUUUGCUGCCAGCCGCUCAGACCUGCACGCCCAAAUGUAUGCUGACCUCAACAAAUGGAUCAGUGCCAUAGAGGACCAGCUGCGGUCUGAUGACCCUGGCAAGGACCUGACUAGUGUUAACCGGAUGCUGACUAAGUUAAAGAGAGUGGAGGAUCAAGUGAAUGUGAGGAAAAAGGAGCUGGGAGAGCUUUUGUCCCAGGUACCCCCAGUCGGAGUUGAAGGGGAUACUACAGAGCCAAGCAUUGAGAAGCGGUUCUUGGACCUUCUAGUGCCACUGGGUAAGAGGAAGAAACAGCUGGAGUCAUCUCGAGCCAAGCUGCAGAUCAAUAGAGAUAUAGAGGAUGAGACGCUCUGGGUAGAAGAGAGGCUGCCACUUGCCCAGUCAGCUGACUACGGAACUAACCUACAAAGCGUGCAGCUGCUCAUGAAGAAAAACCAGACACUACAGAAUGAAAUCGUGGGCCAUGCGCCCCGGAUAGAGGAUGUGUUGCAUAGAGGUCAUGAGCUGGUGGAGAUGGCUGAGAUAGACUGCCAAGACAUUGCAGAGCGCCUGGGGCAUCUGCAGGGCUCGUGGGAAUUGCUACGGGAUGAGACUACUCAACGGCUGCAGCGGCUACGGGAGGCCAAUGAGGCUCAGCAGUACUACUUGGAUGCUGGUGAGGCAGAGGCCUGGAUCAGUGAACAGGAACUUUAUGUGAUCUCUGAUGAGACUCCCAAGGAUGAAGAAAGCGCCAUUGUGAUGCUAAAGCGACAUCUACGGCAGCAGCGUUCAGUUGAGGAGUAUGGGAAGAAUAUCAAGCAGCUGGCUGGCCGGGCUCAGAAACUCCUAUCUGCUGGCCACCCUGAGGGGGAACAGAUUAUCCGACUUCAGGGGCAGGUGGACAAACAAUAUGCCGGGCUGAAAGAUAUGGCUGAGGAACGGAAGCGCAAGCUAGAGAACAUGUAUCAUUUGUUCCAGCUGAAGAGAGAGGCUGAUGACUUAGAGCAGUGGAUUGCAGAAAGGGAAGUGGUGGCCUCUUCCCAAGAAAUGGGGCAAGAUUUUGACCACGUUGCUUUGCUGCGGGACAAGUUCCGUGACUUUGCCAGGGAGACUGGGGCAGUUGGGCAGGAGAGAGUGGACAAUGUCAACUUGAUCAUUGAGCGACUCAUUGAUGCUGGCCACGCUGAGGCUGCCACCAUCGCCGAGUGGAAGGAUGGGCUGAAUGAGAUCUGGGCUGACCUACUGGAGCUCAUAGACACCCGAAUGCAGCUGUUGGCUGCCUCCUAUGACCUGCACCGCUACUUCUACAUGGGAGAAGAGAUCCUGGGUCUCAUUGAUGAGAAACACCGGGAGUUGCCUGAAGAUGUGGGACUUGAUGCCAGUACUGCCGAAUCCUUCCACCGUGUUCACACGGCUUUUGAGCGGGAAUUGCAUCUCUUAGGAGUACAGGUGCAGCAGUUCCAAGAUGCGGCCACACGCCUGCAGACAGCUUAUGCUGGGGAGAAGGCAGAUGAGAUCCAGAGCAAAGAGCAGGAGGUGUCUGCCGCAUGGCAAGCACUGUUGGAUGCCUGCGCAGGGCGCCGGGCCCAGCUGGUAGACACGGCAGACAAGUUCCGCUUCUUCAGCAUGGUCCGGGACCUCCUCUCUUGGAUGGAAAGCAUCAUCCGGCAGAUAGAUACCCAGGAGAAGCCUAGGGAUGUGUCCUCAGUGGAACUGCUUAUGAAGUAUCACCAAGGCAUCAAGGCAGAAAUUGAAACCCGGAGCAAAAAUUUCAGCACAUGCCUUGAGCUAGGAGAAUCACUGCUUCAGCGGCAGCACCAGGCUUCUGAAGAGAUCAAAGAGAAACUGAAUCAGGUGCUGUCAAGAAGGCAGGAGAUGAUGGAGAGAUGGGACAAUCGCUCAGAGCGGCUACAUCUAUUGUUGGAAGUAUGUCAGUUCUCUCGGGAUGCUUCUGUGGCCGAAGCGUGGCUGAUUGCCCAGGAGCCUUACUUGGCCAGCAGAGACUUUGGACAUACGGUGGACAGCGUGGAGAAACUCAUCAAGAGACAUGAAGCCUUUGAGAAGUCCACAGCCACCUGGGCUGAGCGAUUUGCUGCCCUGGAGAAACCUACCACGCUUGAGCUCAAAGAACGCCAGACUCCAGAGAGACCCACAGAGGACAGUGGGGAUCAGGAGGAGGAAGGAGAGACAGCUGGGGAGCCUCCUCGGAGUCUCCAUCGGGUAGCUACUGAAAGAACAUCACCGGCACAGGAAGAAGACAAGCAGAGGCACCAGCAGGAGGAAGAGAGAACAGGGAGAGAAGACAAGUUGACCCUGGAACCGCUCUUCAAAGUUCUGGACACACCCAUGAGUGAGAGUGAGGAGACAGCAACCACCCUGCCUGCCCAGCUGGACCGAUCCCACAGCAUGCAGAUGGAGGGCUAUUUGGGCCGCAAGCAUGACCUAGAGGGGCCCAAUAAGAAGGCAUCAAACAGAUCCUGGAACAACCUAUACUGUGUGCUCAAAAAUAACGAACUAACAUUCUAUAAGGAUGCUAAGAAUUUGGCCAUGGGGGUGCCAUACCACGGGGAAGAACCUCUGGGUCUGAGGCAUGCCAUUUGUGAAGUUGCUGCUGACUAUAAGAAGAAGAAGCAUGUCUUCAAGUUGAGGUUGAGUAACGGCAGUGAAUGGCUUUUCCAUGGCAAGGAUGAGGAAGAGAUGCUCUCCUGGCUUCAGGGUGUGAGCACAGCUAUCAUGGAGUCCCAAAGCAUCCAAGUUAAGGCCCAGAGUCUCCCCCUGCCCUCCAUUGCCAGCACAGAUACCAGCUUUGGAAAGAAGGACAAGGAGAAGAGAUUCAGCUUCUUCCCCAAAAAGAAAUAGCAUCUUCCCCUACUCCUUUGUGGGAUGGGGGCAGGGGGGAAGAGAGAGAUGAAGGGUCUACCUUGGACCCUCACCCCAUUGGACAAUGUUGAUUCUGCUCAGGAUGUUCAGUGAAGAGGCCCCCAGCCCAGGCCAACCAUCGUUCCCCUCCUCAACCCCCCACCCUCCACUGUCCAGGCAGGAUGCCCACAAGCUUUACCUCAGCCACAAUCCACUGGCCACUACCCAGCCAAUCCCUUCUUCCCCCUGCCCCAUGCUUCUCCCUAGCCCCAUAGACCCAGGCUUUGUCUGUAGCCCAGUCCACUCCUAUGUGGUCAUAGGGACUAUGGAUCAGUCUCAGCCCAUAUCUGGGGGAGGAAUAAGCUGGACACCUAGUAACUUCCAUUUCCUCUCAGCACUAACACUUAACCACAUAAGGGCUUUCACCUCAUUCCAUGCCAGGGCCCUGUGACAUGGCUAACCUUUGAGGGCAAAGCUGGGAUUGCACUGGGGACUCCCUGACUACUAUCAUUUUCCCUCUCUUCCAAUUCAUGUUGGGUCUACUUUCCACUCCCCUGCCCAGAGAGUUUCUCUGAUUUGAGACAUGCCCAGAGAGGGGAAAAGGUUCCUUUCUAGGUUUUGGAUUAUUAGAGAAGGAAGUCCUUCCCUACACCUGAAUCAAACACAUACAUCCUAUAUCCUUGAGCUGUAUAUGGAUUCACCAGCCCCACCCUCUCUACCAAGAUGAAGGCUUUUAGUAGGCCUCACAAACUCUUCUUCCUCUUGCCCCCAAGCAUUCUUUGGUUUGACUUAUAUCACACCCAUUCACCCUUCCAAUGGUGGACUUUAGGAGAAGAGAGGAGACAAGCUGCCCAGCUCCAGCAAUGUUAGGGGCCUCUCUGUCCCAGGAUAAGCACCCUGUAGCUUAAGGACACACAGAAUCUUAGCAUUUGGACAAUGGGUGACAGGGUAAAGAGGUUACAGAGCAUGGAUACCCUCCAAGUCCCUAGGCUUCCCCAAGAAAUGGUCCUUUUGCCUCCAGUGCCAGCCACUUCUCCCUUCCCCACAAUGCUAUGACUACUCAUAAGGCCAGUCUUCUGGGAGUCCUUCCUGAGCUGUUCAACUAAUUGCCAGCAAUUUUCCCAAGUCAUUACCCAUGACUUAGGUGGCAGGAAUAAGGAGACAAGAGAGCUCUCUUAAAAAUGGUGGUUAGAGUUCCUGAUUCCCAAAACCCUUGAGUCUCUGCCUCUGCCUUUGCUCUGACUUUAAAUCUCAUCAGCAGAUCAAUCCAGAUUCAGGGCCCUUCUUUUUUCUGUGCUGGGCCAGGACCCUUGAGGGAGAAACAGUGCAGGUUUUCCAGACUCCACAUGGACAGCAGCCAGGGGCCUAGAGAAAAACACUCCAAAGCUGAAGACCCCAUUGCACUCACUCUUCCUUUACAGCUGGUACCCUUGAAGGGUAUCAGAUUAGCAGAAAGCCCAGAGCAUCUCACCCCACUAAGACAGAGGUAGAGAAUCUCACAGUGCCCAGAGAGUGAAGGGUGUCACUGCCCACCAGAGGUAAGUACUCACUACAUAUAGCUGGAACACUACCUCAUGCUAGAGUCAGAGCCUAUUAGGAGGUGAGCAUGCAGUAAUGGUGCAUCCAUCCAUCCAUGAGGCUUCAAAAAGCAACAUAUUUCAGAAGCGCAAGGCCUUCAGUCCUGAAGGGGACAUAUGGGUGCAGAGUUCAUCCUCCCCCUCUGCUCACAGAUAAACUUAAGAUCUGUCCAUCUUAUAGUCUCUCAAGAGAAACCUUCUUACACAGGACCAGGGCCAUUCCCGGAGGCCAGAGACUGAAUUUUACGAGUCUCCCCUUCCAUUGCUCCACUCUGAGAGCAACAUGACUCUAAGCGAUGUCUUGUCAGGAAGGAUAGGGGCCAGUGAUGAGGUGGAGGUUGCAGGCUCCACGGACAAGCCCGAGGAGACAUAACAUUUCCCCAAGGGGAAAGAAUAAGUGGAUUAGGGUUCAGAGCCUGAGGAAGACAUCCUCGUUCUCACGGGUCCGGUGAAAGGACCUGCAGUCUCUAUCUCCACUGUCUUACAGAAGAAAGGGAACUGGAGUAACUUGAAAUUCCUUAUGAAAAGGUGAGGGCUCUGCUGGGGACAGCACUGUGGAUAGAUAUUGAGCAACAGCUCAAGCUGUAUCCAUUGGUACCACCCAUUUGGCCUACACCUCACAAGUUCUCCCUUCUCAUACUAACCCUUGGCCAUUGAUGAUGGCAGAAGCCAUCAUACAGGAAAGCUGUAUGAUUUCUGUCCUUUUGCCCUGGCAUUACCCUAAGGUAGAAGAUUUCAAGUGGAAUCUACUAUAGGAGGGAUGAUUGAUCAAAGAGCAUGGGAAGUUACUUGAUGGAGCGAGUCUUUUCCAAUUCAGUGAUAUAACCUUUAGUUGGUAUCGGGUCUCUUAAUUCAUCUAAUUCCAACUCUCUGUUGGCCACCUAGUAUUGUGGUCUCUGGUGUGUAGCAUUCCACAGCAUUCAGGGGAAUAUGAAGUAUGGAAGGGCACUUACAUGCCCCCCUAACAAAAAAA